AUGCUUUUUUCUUGUCCACCUAGCCCUGACCUGUACCGUGCCUCUGGCAAGUUUGAAUUACUGGACCGCAUCCUGCCCAAGUUGAAGGCCACCAAUCACAGAGUGCUUCUGUUCUGUCAGAUGACCUCCCUUAUGACCAUCAUGGAGGAUUAUUUUGCCUACCGUAACUUCCUCUAUCUGCGUCUGGAUGGAACUACGAAGUCUGAGGAUCGUGCAGCGCUUUUAAAGAAAUUCAAUGAAGAAGGCUCACAGUAUUUCAUCUUCCUGCUGAGCACCAGGGCAGGAGGUCUGGGCCUCAACUUGCAAGCUGCAGACACCGUUGUGAUCUUUGACAGCGACUGGAACCCCCACCAG